CUGCACUGUAUUAUAAAUCACACAUAUGUUGCAAUUGUAUAACGUCACCGGUGUACAGAAAGCCAUUCCAAAUUUGUGUCUGUUCCAUGAGGGGAAGCUUCAACGGCAAGGAUGAUAGGUGGAUAUGUAAACAUGAUAUGAUGAUAGUUUGCAUUACUCCGAUAUAUCUAGUGGCUUAUAUUUCCCCGCUGCCUAAUGUAAUGCCAUCAUCACCUUAGUUCAACAUUACAUCUUGUCAUUAACAAUUAUCCCCCUCGUAAUUUAUAUUUCUAGUACAACUUUUAUUAAACACUACACCGGUAUCAAUUGGCAUGGAGCUUCCACUAAGAAAAGACUUGCGGCCAAGAUCUGGCCAGCCUGAAGACGCGGCAUGGAUAUGGGGAAGCGAUGAUGAACUAGGUAGAUUAAACCUGCAAACGCCGGAAAGGGUAAAGAAAGCACUGGAAACUGUCUCUUCUGGAGAGGUCAUCCCUCUCGGUCUUCCAUUCGACCAGGUCGCACCACCUUGCUAUAAACGGCAGGUUUUUAAACAUUCUAUUCAUGCUCUGGGAAAUAUCGGAUUUGACGACCUUUAUGACAUGAACCCUCAAAGUACUUCUCAAUGGGACGGGUUUCGUCAUUUCUGCCACAUCCCUUCGGGGUAUUUCUAUAAUGGGACCACCGCCAAGGAUAUUCAAGGUGAAAAUGCUUCGACAAAAUGCGGCAUGCAAGCGUGGGCGAAGCACGGCAUUGCGGGUAGAGGUCUACUUCUGGACUAUGGUCGCUGGGCCGAAGCCAGAAAUAUCAAGCCAGUAUAUUAUGAUAACUUCAAAAUUACUCACAGCGACCUUGUAAACGUGGCAGAGUCGCAAGGAAUCGAUCUGAGACCUGCCGCACAAGGAGGCGACAUUCAGAUUGGCGAUAUCCUAGUCGUCAGAUCUGGAUUUCUGAAGAACGCAAAUUCGCUUACAUACGAGGAGAGGGCUCCUCACCACCUUGGGAAGAAUAAAUUCGGGCCUCAUGAUGAACAGCGCUAUAUAGGUGUGGAUCAGAGUGAGGAGAUUCUCGACUUAUUGCAUGACUCCUACUUCUCGGCUGUAGCUGGAGACCAUCCCGCCUUUGAAGCGUGGCCAUCUGAGAAAGAUUACUAUCUUCACGAGAAGUUGUUGGCACUUUGGGGAGUUCCCAUCGGCGAGCUUUGGGACCUUGAGAAACUUGCAGAGAAAUGUGUAGAGAGGAAACAAUGGACAUUCUUCCUCUCAAGUGCUCCUAACCACGUGAAAGGAGGAAUAUCGAGCACCGCGAAUGCUGUAGCUAUCGUAUGAGACGGGACGGAUGGAUCAACCCGGAUGCUUUACAUUUAGGUUUGGUUGAUGGGGUAGUGCUUGCGAAAAUAAGUAUAACUUAAGGUGAUAAUAUAUUGUGAGUUUAGGUAGAUUUAAUGAGUAGCUGAUCGGUCACUAAGAGUUUCAUGCCUUUCAUACU